UGUCACAUGAUUUUGUUGUGAAAGUGUACAAAAAAGUAAAGCCUACUGAAUCAAAAAGAAGGAAAAAAUGACAACCGUCUUUGUAACACCCAUGAGCUGAGAUUUUAUUAUUGUAACUACUGCACUGGUCUUCUUGUUAUGAAAAAAUUCUCUUUAAUGAAAACAAAUCAAAUCGACUUUUCAGAGAAGAAUGGAAGCCCUAGGAACACGAGAUGAAAUAGUUGAUACCUCUACAAUAACUAGGUGGAACUUUACCAAACUUCUUGAACAACCAAAAGAAUAUGGUCCUGAUGAUGAGCGAUCACCCUUUCCUUGGAGGAAUGAUCUAAAUUCCAAAAUAGCUUUAUGGAGUGGCAAGCUGACUAGACUGAAUGUCCAUGCUAUCACACACUCCACCAAUGAGCACAUGAAUGAUGUCAACCCACUGAGUGAGGAGCUCUUCAAGCAAGGAGGGCCAGGACUGGUUAAAGAAGUUCAAGAAGACAUUAGGGUGUGUAAGACAGGAGAGGCCAAACUUUCUAAAGGUCACAAUUUGAUAGCUCGUUAUGUAAUUCACUCUGUAAGUCCCAGGUACAAUGUCAAGUACAUCACAGCAGCUGAGAGCGCCCUGUUCAGUUGUUACAGAACCAUUAUGCAGAUAUGCAAAGAAGCAGAUAUACGAACACUAGGCUUGGGAGCCAUACACACAUUACGGAGAAAUUAUCCACCAGAAAAAGGAGCUCAUAUAGCAAUACGUACAGUUAGACGGUUUUUAGAAAAGUUUUCAGAUUCAUUUGAUCUUAUCAUUUUUGUAUGCAAUGAUGAAAAUUUGGAAGUUUACAACAAAAUUUUACCCCUGUACUUUCCAAGAAGUUCAAAUGAAGAAGAAUUUGCCUUUGAUCAUUUACCUAGUGAUAUUGGAAAUGAUGAGGGAGAGCCUAUAAUCAAAGAACGUCAGAUUAGAAUUUUAGACAAGCCUACAUUUGCCGCCUUAAAGGCUGGGAAUGAGGACUUUGAACAAACUAUUGACCUGAACAAAGUCUUUUCACAAUCAAUCAACAUGGACGUAGGGCACCAUCCAUUUUCCAGCAUGGAGGAAGAUCCAGACAAAGUAAAAGCCAGCAAAAUGCUCCAGAAUUAUUCCUCAGAUCAAAAGAAAAUUGAAGCUAGGAGGAGGUAUGAGAUGUUGCUACAAAGGUCAAAGACAGAGGACCUGACAGACAUAGCAGCCCUGCACUGUUUAUACCGAACAGGUGUGGACAGAUUUGGCAGGCCAAUAGUUGUUGUGGUGGGGAAAAACUAUCCCGCACACACAGCCGACCCAGAAAAGACCCUACUGUACAUGAUCCGUAUCAUGGACCCUGUGGUGGAGACGGAAUAUGUUGUCGUGUACUUCCACACAGAGAGUGGUGGCAAGAACCAGCCAGCCAUGGCCUACUUCAAGAUGGUCUACAACCUAUUGGAUCACAGGUACAGGAAAAACCUCAAACAUUUCUACAUUGUUCACCCAACAUGGUGGUCUAAGCUGGCCACCUGGUUCUUCACCACCUUCGCAGCCUCCGACAUCAAGCACAAAGUGCACAACCUGAAAGGUGUACAGUACCUGUACACAAAGAUCAACCCUGACCAGAUUGAUGUCCCCACCUUUGUACAAGAACACGAUAUCAAGGUGAAUGGGGCCCGCUAUGUCGUACCAGAACCAGACUCUCAAGAAGGGCUCUAGAAUUAACCCUAAUUAGUGUUAAUUAUAUUGUUUUUUAGCAAUCAAUUAAUUUUAUAGGUUUGUUGUAAAAUUUAUUGAUGUACAAAUGGGUAAGUUGACUGGUACAUUUUAAAAAUUCUUGCAACAGCAACAAGUUUAGUCUGUAAAUAAAUAAAAAAAGUUGGAUUUUGAGCUAUACCAAAUCUAUGAUAUCCAUCUGUAUUGCUUUUGCAGGCUUACACACUUAAUAUUAACGUAAAUAAAUGCAAAAUUUGAUUCUAAAUGAAUGUUUUUAAAUUGAUAAAUGGCAUAGAAAUGUUGUGAUUAUUUAAUGUUAUCUGUAUAUGAUUAAUUUUUUAAUGUUGAAGAUAGUAGGAAUAAUAAUCAUGUCACAAUUUAAUGUUUAAAAAAAAUUGUUAUUUUUCUGUAGUCUUUGUCUAAUUUUAAAAUGUUUUUAUAGUCAACCGUGGACAAAAUUACUUACCUGGUAUCCCAAUAAAGUCCUAGUCAUUGUGCAUAAUUUUGAAUCAUGUUUUCAUCUAGUUUACAUUAAAGAAAUUUAUCAAGAAUCAAAUGAUAAACAUUAAAAAUAAACUUUUUUCAGUACAAUAUAUUUCCACAAUUAAAGAAAAAAGUCCACUUCCCCUCGUGUUCUUGGCAUUUGUUUUUCUACUCACAUUUUUCGCCACAUAUCAGCUUUUUAAAUUGUGGGGGAGAGAUGGGAAGUCAUUCAUUAAAUUUUUUUAAGCUGUUUGAGUUAUGUUGACCUGUACUUAAUUGUGUGCCAUAAUUACAAAAUAAUGAAAACUUUUGUUUAUUAUUUUUUUAUGAGUCUGACAAAGUUUGUUUACCUCCAAUAAUAAAUUAAAUAAUAAUUUAUUUUAUUAAUUUAAAUAAAAAAUAAUUUUUUGUGUCCUAAUUUUUCUUAAAAUAUUUUUUCCAUUAAUUUACAAUAGCUUUUUAAAUCGUUGUAAUGUCUACAUAUUUGGUGUAGUUAUAUGUUUGCAAUAAAACUCCAUCGCGCCAAUUUUUCUGGAAAAUUGCCUUCUGGUUUAGACCUACCAAAUAAAUUGUUUGUCAUCAACAGAAUAUUGACUACAUUAAAAUUCAUUCAAUUUGAUUAAAAAAGAAUUUUUUUUUCAAUUUUUCAAUAUCUACUUGUUACCAUUUAAAGAAAAAAUAAUUUUUUUGUUGGUAAUUUUAUGUAGUAUGUUGUAAGAAUUUGAAAAAUCGCAUUUUUAGAAUAUGAUAAUUUACUUUGUAAAAAUUCAGAUGUCGUGUGGUGUUUCAUUAUAUGGUAGACUACACUGAAGUAACGAAUUUUCUUGACAAUGUUGUGUUGAAUGGUGCAAUGUAAUUCAGAUUCCUAUAGUUUAUUUAUACACAAUGAUGUUUCCAUUAUAAUUGGUACUGAGCUGUACAGUAUUAAAAAAAUCAUUGUAAAUGCCAUAAAGUACUGAAAGCAAUACGAUAGUUCGCCCUUUGUGUGUAUAUAUGGGUUGUUUUUGUACUAACUUCGAGCAGUGUUAAUAUGUAUGGGCCAGUGUAGGACCUCCAACAUGAUUUAGUAUUGUUCUGUGCAUUGCAGAAUUUAUAAGUAUUUUCUUAACUGUGUUAAUCUAAGUACGUAGCUGUUUGUUAAUACUUGUUGUAACUACAUUCAACUUAUUUUAAAAUUUUUCGUAAAGAACAUAAAAUUUGUAGACAAUUAUGUACUUACUUCCCUUUAAUUUAACCCUUGUUUUUUUUUUUACAAUUACACCACUUUUUUAUACGAUUUUCACAAUACAGUUGAUCUCUUCAGCCGAUUUCUUUUUUUUUUAACGUUUUUAAAAAUCUGCAUUGUGUUCUUUUGUUCAAAUCCCUGUGAGUUUUUAUAUCUUUUCUUUCUUGUCCUUAAGUCAACAAACUUUGAAAACCUUUGUUAAGUGCUGAUUGAUAGGGUUUUUUGAAUAAAAAUGAGGAUAAAGAAAUGUUUGGGCAAUUUUUUUUACCUUUUGAUCCUCAUUCUUUUCUUUGUCAAUGUUAACACACAAAAAUUGUUUUUAUAAUAAUUUUUUUUUUACCUUUUCUACUUGCUUCAAAUUUAAUGGAGCAUUUAGAAGUCUGUUGAAUGUAGAACUCACUUUUUAUUGGGGAAUCUAAACAAUGUUGAAAAAACAAACAACUUGAGUCAUGUUUUCUAAAUAUUAUUGUUUAUCUGAAAUGUUUGUAUUAACAUUGCAGGCUUUAUAAUGCUGGACAGCAGUACGGAAGGGGUUUUAAAUAAAAGCAAUGUUUUUGUUUAACAUUGUUGAUUAAAAAAAACAAUGAAUAAUACCUUUUAUUUUCAGCUGCUUUGUACAUUUCCUAACCAAAAAAUUCUAAAGGCCAUUCGGUUAUUAUUUUUUUAUUAAAAUAUAAAUGCAAGAUUUUCAAAUAGUUAUAAAAACUCUUAGAUAAUUUAGUUAAGGCAUCUCUUGAAUAUUAUUCAGUAUCACAUAGUUUAAAAUCUGCAAUGCAUCAUGGCUGCUAAAAAUAGCCAUAGUGAAAAGCCAGGGGGAAUCACCCAUCUUUAAUCAUGUUUUGUUAAUCUGCCACAAGCCAGGGUGGUCUGACUUGUGGUAGUUACUUUGUAGCUCAAUGGAUACCAGUAGGCAUUAUUGUUUUUAAUAAUAGUUUUUUAAACUGAAA